AUGGUAAUGUAUUUCUGUGACGAAAUGGCAAAAGGGGGCGAUGAAGACUUUUUUAGUGCGUCGAAAAAGCUUGACAUCUUGGCGGAAGUGUUGGCGAAUCGUAGUGAAUAUUACAAAGACUUCGCAAUAACUGCAAAGGAACAUGGCCAUAAUGAAUUAGCUGAGAUGCUCGCCGUGUCUCCAAGGUACAUAGAACUCAAACUGUUCCAUAUUUGGUUUCUUAUUCAAUCACUGUAACAUGAGAUCUUUUUCAGGGAGCUACCGUGUGAUGGUGACAUGGAAACAUUAACAAUUGGAAAACUUCUUGAUGCUGUUCAACAAGAAAGAUCGUUGGCAACUUCUGGUCAGUGUUUUAGAUUAAACUUGCGCGUACGUACUUAACUUCUCAACGACAUUCAUUCUCGUACCCAGAGCCCUUCUUACGCGCGGUCAACCAAGCGCGACGAGGGGCUCUGGCCAAAUCCAUAACCGGAUACCAUAAAAACAUGGUAUCCGGUUAAACACUGCGCAUGCUCAACGUCAAACGGAUAAACAUUUCGGUUUUCUUGUUUGUUUCGUUUUGAAAGUUUUUCUCCAAGAAAACCCCACAAAAGCGGUAGGUUUCGCUAAUUUUAUUUAUUUAAAUUAGUAGGAAAUACGUGAUGUUCUCAAUGCAUGUUGAUAAAAUUUAGUAUAUAUUUCCCUCUCAAACGUUGCCAAAGCAGUAAUGGCUAGUAACGGAUACGAAGACGAGAGAUUGUCUCACUAUUUUAUAUUCGAUUUUAAGUCGCUGUUGUACGGAUUUUUAGACUAUUUUUUUGUUUCAUUAAAAGUCAACAGUCAUACAUAAGACAUACUAUACUGCAAAUCCUUUGAAAAUUGUAAAAAAUCGGUUUCUAAGAAGAAAAUAGUCAUCACAAACUUCAUAUUCUGGCUGGCUUAUUUUCUCUUCAGAUGGCACUUCAGCUUUGAACAUGUAACACAGAUUUGUUUAAUUAAUUAACAUCACUGAUUUGAGAAUACGACUUGCAUCUGCCAUAGAUAUGUUGACUUUUUGCUGUGAGCUAGAACAUCACGUCUCAACCUAUAUUAAUUUCAAUCAACUAAUUGAUUUAAAUAAAUAAAAUUAGCGAAAUCUACCGCUUUUGUGGGCGAUUAUCAACAACAAUCUUCCUAACUGCUUCGUACUGCUGUUCUUUCAACUUUAAUAAUGUCUUUUCUCCCAAUUUUCUCCAAAGCGAAACCAACGCUUCAUGGAGCGCUUGUGUAUUUUUAUUCAUAUUUACAAUAAACCACAUAUUUCGUUGUGGCCAAUCAGAUGCCAGUUUGAUAUGGAUUUGGCCAGAGCCCCUCGUCGCGCUCGGUUGACCGCGCGUAAGAAGGGCUCUGGGUACGAGAAUGAACGACAUUAUGAAGCAACGUUUCGAAGUCACUGUUAAAAUCGAAUAAAUAAGAAUAACGACAUUAUCUAUAUUUGAAAGCACUACUUUCUUCUCCGUUUUAAAUAAACCUGCAUCUAUUUUCCCCGUCGAAAGGUAGAACUUUGAGUUUGUGAAAUUAUUCGGGAUUUGCAUAAAAGCAGUAUAAUUUGUAAGAACAUGCGUAAAUAAGUUAAUCCAGCGAUACUACUGGAUUAAUCAUGGCCAGAUAUACAUCUCAUCACGUACUUUCGGCUCUGACACAACAUUUUCAAAAAUAACUACUUCUCAUUUUCUAAUGAUAUUAUUUUUUUAGAUCCGGUUAGUUCCGAUUCCGAUGAUGAUUCAAAUUCUUGUUCAAGUGGUUAUAAUGGAGAUUGUGAUUCUGAAGGUGAACAUUAAAUUUGUAUUAUUUUCUAUCUUAGCCGAAUACACAGAAGACUAAAUAUUUUGGAAUGAAUUUCUGAUGAAAUUAUAGGUAACCUGCUGGGUGAUGUUGUAGAGUUUGUAGUUGCCUCUUUUGGCAAUUAUAAAUUCAUUGUUGCUCAAUAGUGUUAAUAAUUAUUGUCCCUGGUGCAUGCAUUAACUGCUUUGUCGAGCGUAUUUUAAUCACCUCGGUAGAAAAAAAGACAGAAUUAUAGUAUGCAGUUAUUGAUCUGUUUUGUCUUCAAUUGUUUUGUUUUCAAUUAAGAAGUUGUUUUGUUUGUUCAUUUCACGUUUUCUUAGAAAGAAAACAAAGACAAUUGAUAAAGUUACACAAUACUUGAUACAAUUUAUUUACUUGGAGGUUUUUUAUUAAAAUAAAAUAUUUAGAUCUAAAUGACGAGGAAGGUUCAUUGAAUGAUGUCAUAAUUCAAGAGGCAGAGUCACCCUCAG